CUCCCGCCGUACUGGAAAGUAGAGUGAAAAGAAUAGUUCCGGAAAAAAAUAUACUGGUUUAUUAAUAAAUGCAAAUCAUGUCAAAUGGUAAAUAAUGCCUACACUUGAAAUUAACCUUGUAUGGAUGUUGGUAAAGUGCAUUUUAAAAAGCGAACGACUUUUAUUGGCAGAGUACAUAAAUACUGCCGUGUGCCGCCCUCCGGCUCCCUCUUGUGGAGGCCGAUAGAAGCUACACAUUCGGCUGUAGCUGCGGCUCUUGCAAGCAUGGAAGAGCAGGUGAGGAAGGGGCAGCAAAACCAAUGCGUGAAAAGCGAGAAAAAAGAAGCGACCAGUGCCGAGGCGGAUGAAGAUGACAUUAAGUCUAAGUUAGAUGUAAGCUCUGAACACUUUGAUCCUCUGCUGGCGCUGUACUCCCCGACAUUCAGCCUGCCGUACCCGGACGUAAGGUGCUUUAACAACGUCGCCGAGUAUGAGAGUUUUCUCCGAGGCGGCCGGGGGAGAGCUAAGCCCGAAAAUGUGGAGAAAAAGAAGAGGAAGGCGCAGAAAGGCGUUGCCGACCCGGCGAGGAUCGAGAGACUAAAGAAGCUGAUGGUAAAGGCUGCGCCGUCGGAAGGAGAGGAGAGCGGCUGCUCCAGGAGGCCGCCCCGAAAGCAGAAAGCGCCCAAGAACGUCCUGACAAGGAUGCAGCUGCAUUCGGGCAGUCCGCUGGGAGAGCUUCACCGCUGCGUGAAAGACCGGGUCCGAGUCAAAGUGCACAUUCGCACCUUCAAGGGGCUCCGCGGCGUUUGCUCCGGCUUCGUCGUGGCCUUUGAUAAGUUCUGGAACAUGGCCAUGGUGGACGUAGAUGAGACAUACAGGAAGCCGCUGCUAGGGGAUGCAGUUCUGCACGCUCCAGCUCUCACCAUCACCAGACUCUUUGACAGGUUGGCACUGCAGGAGAGUCCGGAGCUCGGGCAAAGUGGGGGAGCGGGGGCCUCGCCGUCGGAGGCUGCUGCACAGAAGCCUGUUUUCCCCAGGGACCGUCAGCCGAGCACCUGGGAAUCGGGGACGACAGAAGGACAGGGCUCCAAGUCUAGAAAGGAAGGGAAAAGGACAAAAGUGGACUACCAGACGGUGCACACACGGCACAUAAACCAGCUGUUCAUCCGAGGAGAGAACGUGCUGCUGGUUCACGUACCGCCGUAGGGUCCUGGGCGGGUCCUGCUAACCUGCUAGCAGAGGACUGGCUCUCCAGUUACAUGAAGAAUAAAUCCUUCUUGUCA